GUUCGUUAUUAGCAUUUUCGGCGCCCUUGAAUUCGUCGAGGUUAUCACGCGUUUGCAACCAUGACCCAAGGUUUUGUUAGUGAUGUUCUUAGUGGAUCUAGCGGUAAAGCCAAGGAAGGUCAGUAUGAAGAUAAAGGAAAACCUGCUGCCAUCAGAUCAAGCAACAUAGUUGCCGCCAAAGCUGUCGCCGAUGCAAUUCGUACUAGCCUAGGACCCAAAGGAAUGGAUAAAAUGAUACAAGAGGCGAAAGGUGAUGUCACGAUCACUAAUGAUGGAGCCACGAUAUUGAAACAAAUGAAGCUUCUUCACCCUGCAGCCAAAAUGUUGGUAGAAUUAUCGAAAGCUCAAGAUAUCGAGGCAGGUGAUGGUACCACUUCCGUAGUUGUUCUAGCAGGAAGUCUUCUUGAUGCUUGCUCAAAACUGCUAGAUAAAGGUAUCCACCCAACCUCCAUCUCAGAUGCUUUCCAAAAAGCUGCAUUAAAGGCUUGUGAUAUCCUGGAGAGUAUGUCUAUCCCUGUAGAUCUGGGAAACCACGAGGAACUUAUCAAAGUGGCUACAACCUCACUUAAUUCCAAAAUCGUCUCACAACAUUCGGAUUGCUUGGCACCCAUAGCCGUAAAAUCUGUCUUGGAUGUUAUAGACCCAGCCUAUCCUAACUCCGUCUCUCUAGAUGAUAUUCGUGUCGUGAAAAAACUUGGAGGCACAGUCGAAGACACCAAGUUAGUCGACGGUCUUAUACUCACCCAACGUGCUGAAUCUGCUUGUGGCGUUAAAAGAGUAGAGAAAGCGAAAAUAGCUCUUAUUCAGUUUUGUAUCUCUCCUCCAAAAACAGAUAUGGAAAAUAAUGUCGUCAUCACAGAUUAUACUCAGAUGGAUAGAAUCAUGAAGGAAGAAAGACAAUACAUUCUCAACAUCAUCAAAGCUGUUAAAAAGGCUGGGUGUAAUGUCUUGUUGAUUCAGAAAAGCAUUUUGCGAGAUGCUGUAAAUGAAUUAGCUCUCCAUUACUUUAAUAAAAUGAAGAUUAUGGUUGUCAAGGAUAUCGAGCGAACAGAAGUAGAAUUUAUAUGCAAGACACUGCAUUGCAUACCAAUAGCAAGUCUAGACCAUUUCAAUCCAGAAUAUAUGGGAUCUGCCAAUUUGGUUGAAGAAUCAGAGGCAACCGCUCAUUGCGUUCACAUCACAGGUAUUGAGAACAGGGGAAGGACAAUAUCAAUCUUGGUCCGGGGUUCCAAUAAACUUAUGUUGGACGAAGCUGAACGUUCAUUGCAUGAUGCACUUUGUGUUAUUCGAUGUUUAGUAAAAAAGAGAGCUAUGAUCUCAGGUGGUGGUGCACCAGAAAUCGAAAUUGCCCAGAAGUUAGCUGCAUUCGCUAACACUACACCUGGUCUUGAUCAAUAUUGUUUUCGUGCCUUCGCUGAUGCAUUCGAAGUUAUUCCGUACACAUUAGCAGAAAAUGCUGGUUUGAGUCCUGUACAAACUGUCACUGAACUACGAGCUUUACAUGCUAAAGGGGAGAAAAAUGCUGGGAUCAAUGUUCGAACGGGCGCUGUCGUGGAUAUUUUGGCACAAAAUGUGAUUCAACCAAUGCUGGUCAGUUACAGCGCUGUUACUUUAGCUACAGAGACUGUACGUAGCAUCCUCAAGAUAGAUGAUGUGAUCAAUGCAAUCAGGAAUUAAGCAAUUUCGUAUGGCUCUGAUACUAAAUAUGUGGAACUUGUUGUUUUCAUGAAAUAUAAUGUUUUAUCGAAUUCAAUAGUUAUCUUCAUAUUCAGUCCAAACAUUCAUGUGUUACUCACAUGCCUUAACAUAUUUCUAGUGAAGUUGACUAGAUAUGCAGUAUUGUAAUUAUACAGGUGUUUAGUUUCAACUUUAAAAGUCCUUUUCCCAUCUCAAUUUAAUAGCCACAUAAUCACGAUUAUAAAAAUGUAAUCUCAAAUCUAAUCUACAAAUCAUCUUAAUGUAAAAUGAUCAUUGACCACUACUUGACAAAAACGGUAUGGUUGCAAUCAAUCAUUUUUUAUCAGUUCAUGUUCAUUUCAUUAACCAGAUCCACAUCAUUCAAAAGCUUUUUCACAAGUAACAAUUACUCACUAAUAAAGCCAGUUAUAAAUCAAUUGAAUGAGACUGAGUAUUAUUUGCGUUUUAAUAUUCACUUUCAGAUAAACGGUUAUGUAUUCUAUAACCACUAGAGUUAUUAUCAUCGAUGUAUCUAAUUACGUCCUAUAUUUUAAAAAACACCCACCCAUGUUUCAAGCCAAACUAAAUAGCCCCAAAUACUCGUAGCAAACUAAACAGCUUCCUAACUAACGUAUAAUUCAAUUACCAAUGAUACCCAUAAAACUUAUAUAAUUUCCUAUAGUAGUACCAAAUCUAAAGUAUAUUUUGAUUAAUACAAAAGUUGCUUUUACAGUUGACCUAGCCAAAGUUAUCCAAGAGUAUAUUUUAUUAUAGAAAGAAGUUGAGAUUUUGCAAUGAAAUUCCUGUUUUCAGUGGCACGUAAAUAUACUAAGACGUUUCUAUGGUUUGCUUCCUGUCUAUUCACAGUAUUCUGUCACGUAAACACUAAAAUACCGUAUGUAGUGAAAGUAGCGAAUCCUUUUCAUAAUGACUACACCAUAAGAACUUAUUGACCAAUAUUUUAGACUACAUUUUAGCAAUUAUUAAACUACAAAACUUUUAGUCUUACAGAUUUUAGUUCAAAAUAAAACGAAAGAACAACUUUCACCUGUUAAAUAUAAUAAAUUAAGUAGUUGGGAUGCCUAUAGUGUUUUGUGUAAACAAACUUAUCCGGUAUUUAGAGUAAUGAUAUUGUGUGCAGCCAUAAAUUCCCGAAUAUCAGUAGAUGUGAAUUAUAUGUUUACGUUGGAACUAAGUACUUGUUUUUGAAUUACAUUAGUUUGUAGUAGCCCCAUCGCAUCCGACUUCGGAAAUACCUUUAAAUUUCUACAGUUGUGUAUUCCAAUUUUUGUUUGUAUUUCCUUCGAUUUCUUGAAAACACAUUAACUCUGAAAGUUGUACUUUCGCGCCGAAUUGAAGUCUGAUUUGCUACUGAAGUCAGCUUAAAAUGAAUUCAUUUGAUAACUUGUAUGUUUAAUCAUUUAAUUGUAUGUUGACGUUACCGGCCUAAUAAGAUACGAGAUCUGCUGAAAGCGUUUAUUACUGGAGUCAGAUCAAUAACGGAAAGAAAAUACUAAAAAUUUAUCAUAUACUGAAAGCACUACAUAUAACCGAAAUUAGCUAGUUUACUUUUUUUACUUAGUACUCAAGUAUCAAACCAUCCCUUUCGGAUGAUUCCACCAGUGAGUUUUUUUCGUAUUAUCUUAGUAUUCCUGUCGACCCCUGGCCACGUGAUUGGUUGGCCUUUUUCUUAUAGGUUGAUAAAUAUGAUCCAUAACAAUACAUCUGCUGAUUGCAAAUAGUUGAUAACGACCAUUCACUUGAAAUGUUACGAGAACAGGCUUCUGAAAUUUGUGGACUAAAUGAGCAGUUCACUUCUACGUGAAGUGGGUGUUGUUGUUCACAAGGACAAUGAAAGUUCAGUUAAACCACCCAAAUUAGAAAACAUAACUAUACUAAUAACAUCGUAGCUACUUUACCUUAGCAGCUUCCCCCUUAGAACACCAUUUCCUAACUCAAACUGCUGAGAGUAACGUCCCCUAUUCGUACCUGAGAUGGACUCGAUUUUCAAAGCAUAGUGUCCAUGGCUACAGUUCACAGGACAUCUGGAUCAUACAUACAUAACCCAGUUCUGCUUCUGACAAUCGAUGACACAAAACUUUACCGUCAGCUUUUAUUUCAGUACGAAAAUGUGGGUUAGUAAGAGCCAAUAUAUAGUAUCUAAGUAGGAUUUCAAUGGCAGUUGACUUACAUGUGGUAGUAACAUAAAGGGCUAACUCAUUUAAAAUGUUCCAGUCUGGUAAGAUUCAUAGUUCGUCCGGUGCGUAUAUUUUCUACUAACACCAUCCCAUAUGAUAAAGAAGUGGAGAGAGUAGAGUGAUUAUAUAACGCCUUGUUAAUUCCGGACAAACAAUCAUUUACAGCAAAAAUUCACUUGGUAUUAUUUACUUGAUUCUUCCCAUUGAUGUUUAGCACUGCAAUUGAUCAGUCUCUUAUUGGCAUAUGUGCUUAUUGCCUUAAUUCACAAGCAUUAUAAUCAAAGAUGGAUAGUGGCUAGCAGUGGAGUCCAGGACCCGCGUCUCAUCCUAUUUGUGACUUAUCAGCUGGAUAUACUUGCAUCUCAGAGUUGAUGUUCACUCUAGGACUUGAGCCCUGUACCAUUCGCUUUAAACACCAUCGCGUUUAAACUUCACUAAAUUGCACAAGCAAGUGGCUAUCAGGACUCUGUAGCUAAGUGGAUAACGCAAUAGCAUUUACAGCGAGCUAUACUGGGCUGAAGUCCCAGAAUGAACACCAACUCUGAGAUGCAAGUACAUCCGGCCGACGAGUCCCAAAUAGGACGAAAUGCAUGUCCUGGAUUCCACUACCCAUCUCUAUUUAUAACCAUUUGUAGUCCAUUGUUGAAGUCUUCAGUGUGCAUAUAGAGAAACUGGGACCAUGUACACAAAAGAAAUUCUUUCAACCUCUUAUCCUUCAUGAUCUCAACGUAGAAUCCCUUCAUCACUUCGUUUCUCCAGUACCCUUUUUUUCGUCCCGUGAAGCAGUUACCUGCCGAGGGCAAUUGAAGAUGGUUGUGCAAUAUCACGAACUGGAGUUAGACAUGUAAACCAUUAGAUCAUAGCUCAGUGCCCUCAAAGUUAAGCGUGAGUGCACCCUCCUUAGGUGUUACAUCCUAAAAUAAAAUAGCUAAUUAGUUCUUGGGUUGUUGUUUAAGAUCAUUCCUUAGUGGAAAGUAUAUAAUUCAACAAUGUUCACAAGCCCCUACAUUAUCUAACUGUUUAUUGAUUCACAUAUCUAAUGAACUCUGAUGAAAUAAAGAAAUUGUUAGAGCUUAGAAAUCACUAAAACUGGUUACUUAUAUUUCAUCAUAUUUUCAACUCAAGUACACUGCAGGAGCUUCAUCUCUGCACACUUCUGUGGCGGUUCAAUACAACUUUGAUUAUAAACUGAAGGCAACUAGAGAACUAAUAAUAUCACCUAUGAGAAAAAUGUGGUGCCAUGUAAGGAUAAUUACUUAUCAGUAUCACUAGAAUGUAUUUACACUAAAUCGAGAGUUGAACAGACUUGAAAGUAACUACUACCUGAUAGUUUAGUAAUCCAACAGUACUAGGUUCGUGAGAUCAAAAUCUUUAGUCUUAUGAUUAAGAAUAUCAAUCCCAAAUAUCUAGUCACUACUCUUGGCAGAUUUCACGUUGAACAAGUUGGUGUUUAAUAUUACUCGGUACGCUGAUAGAUAGAGUGCUGAUGUUUUGUGUCAACGAGUUGAUACGUGUAUAUUUCUCGGCAUAUUUUACUAUUUAUCUAUAAUACAGAGUCAACUUAGAACAAUUCCCUCCAAUAACAUCUCCAGUUAUUGCAUGAAUCCUUGUUCUUUAAGUCACAAUGAGCAAACAGAUGUUAACACAAUUAUUUCUAAACUCGCUAAGGUUUAUCAUAAACUGACAACCACUCGGGCUCAAUGAACUUAUUUGGAAUCAACAAAAUUGUCGUAUACGAAAACCAUUUUGAUGUCAUACAUAUGACGUACCUAUACCAUUGAGCUGUGCUUCAAGAUGGCAUCAAUUUUGAACCAUGGUUCGAACACACGUUGGUAGGUUUAACAAUACUUCUUUGAUGGUACCACCGAAUGCAAACAUUUCUUCUAGGAUAAGAACGUUCAGUUGCGAAAAGUCACUGAAUAUCCACUAUUCAGGCAAACUAUGUGUAACAAAUGUAGAGCUAAGCCCGUUGUACUAAAGCGUUUUAAACUUGAUUUUCUGCUACCUGCAAAAUCUCUGGCUUCUACUACGCGUGACUGAUCUCUUCAAGAAAGUCAGCUAAAAUUUACAAAUUCCCUGACACCCAAGUCCUCAGACUAUUUGUUGUUAGGCCUGACUUCAGGUACAGGCUCUUACCGUCACUACAUUACGACGUACAUCAAAAAUCCAUAAAGUUCCGACUUGUCCUCUUUAUAUUCCAACCUCCUCAUAGGUAAUAACUUCCGAAUAGCAACCCUCAAUGAGAUAUCUGAUUACUGAAUAUCGCUUAGGGCAGUUAAUUUUAUAAAUAAGUAAUACAUUCUGGAAAUAAUUACAGAACACAAACUGAUUUACAUGCAUGAUCAGACUGAUAAAUAUGCCAAUAUUACAUGUAGAGAAUAAAUAUAGAAGCGACCAUUUAGUGAGUUACAACCUAUUAAACGUGUGAAGACGACUUUUUAAUAAAGAUGAACUGUUCAGUAAAACAAAAAUCUCUGGAAGUAAAAUAGGGUAUGGACAGUGAUGAUUUAACAUAUGCUUAAUCAAAAUAACGUGUAGUUUCUGAGCUAGUGUUCAUUGGUUGGGGUGUUUGAUCGUGAUACGACUCACAUACUCAGAUCAAAGGUAAUGGUUGUUAUAUCAGAACGAAAAUUGAAGGAAUGGUAAUUUCCAGAAUUAGUUGUAGAGGCUAGCGGCUGACUUCUGGACUCAAGGGCAGGGCAGAGGAAAGCUAGAUAGUUGUGAACCAAUCGUGACUUAGAUGUUGACCCAAGGUUACUGGUGCUGAUUGGGCGUGCAACUGAUUAAACCAAGGAGUAAAUGGUGGAUGCGAAAUAGCCCAAAUUAGAAUCAGAAUUCCGACUAGUGCUUUGUCAAGUAAUUUUGUUCAGCUGUCACAAGGCAAUAUUAGCUUUCUCAGGCGAACGCUUCUCUUAUUGAUAGCCUAAGAGAUUCAUUCAUAAGAUAGUGAUAUUUAUAAUACCUAGUAAGCAAAGUAUGUUUGUACGUCAUCCCUCUAUCUAAGACCCUGAAUCCUACAGUGAGCAGUGGUUUAUGGUCAGGGUUUUUAGUGUAUCAGUGAGAAUAAGCAGACUUUCUUGUUUAGUUACUUGAGUACCGUAAGAAAUGAGAGCAGUUUUAUUAAUAUAGUCCGAGUAUUGAUUUGUUCACCUGUACUGUCCACCAAUGUCUUUCGCCUAGCCAGUGACAUUCCAAAUGUGAGAUAGCAGCUGAGAGUAACACUAAAUGACCAUCAACCCAAAACGCAGUUUUCCACGCUCACUCUCCUGAUAGCCAGAAUAAAGAACUGCUAAACAAGCGGAUAGCUUCUAAUUAUACAGUCCGAAUUGAAGGAUCACUCAUACAACUAUAUAAAGCAAAAUCCUGGCCACAAAUCAAUAUGGCCAUAAGCGGGAGAGGACUGAUUGAUAGGGAAAGAUAAUACACAACAAUUAUUUUUGUGUCAAACAAAAUACCUUAAAGUUAAUACUGCAAAGUGUUGCCAUUCAAUAUUACUUCGAAAUGCUUAAUGGUAUAGACACUGCUGAUGCGUCUUCCGUUCGCUAAUGUAUAACCAAGAGUCAAUUAAGGUUUUUUUAACAAAACGCUUCAUUUAAUUCUCAAAACAACUAGACUCUUGUAACAACAAUUUAAAAUAAGUCAGUGGUGAGCUAGUUGACAAGCAAACAAACAUAUUUACACUCUUUAAGUAUCAUUCUAAAUGUUCAAUUCUACAGGAAAUAAAGCUACUUACUACUCAAGGUUCAUAAAUAAUUGAUUCUAAAUCAAAGUAUUUUGAGAGGGAGAGUACAGCUUAUCCAGUUCUUAUUAUUACUAAAAUAAUUCACCUAUACAUAUCUAUCAGGCUUAAAGUUGUCAUUCUAGAUUAUUCUCCGUUAUAAAAUAAAAUUAAUCCAUCGUCAUAAUCCCUCUUAAUUUGAUGCCAUGUAUAAUAAUAUUUUUGAAUAUAAACUCACUGCAUGAAUUAUUUUUUCCCAAUCCAUCUGGUUUCAUCAAUACAAUAUUGAAUGUAUCUUUUAUAAAUCACCAAUAGAUUAGGUCACAAUGGCUAGACACUAAAUAAUUUAGUAUAAAGUUCAUUACACUUACACUUUGAAUAAAUACAAAUGGAAUCUUUAAAUUCUUUGUCUAUCUAUCCAAACAAAAACUCUUCCUCAUCAAAAUAUCCUAAUUAAAUUUAGAUAUUUAAUGAUAAUUUAUAAGAAUAUAAUAAAUCCUA